CCGCCCCGGGCACCCAGCCCGCCCUCGCUGCGAGGAGAGCCCGGUCAGGUGUGAGGUAACGGAGGCAGAGGAUUCCCGCCUGUCGGGGUAGCAUGGACCGACCUUAGCUGGCUGCUGUGCAGCUCAGCCCUGUGUGCCUCAGCAGUGCUCCCUCCUGCAGGGUCUCCUGCUUGGAAAACUUUCACUUCAGGACUCUGCGAACUCAUAAUCACAAGUUGUCAUCCUUCUAGGAUAUGAGCCUUCCUGUGUGCCCGGGCUUUGGGCUCCCCCGGGGGGUGUGACACAGCCCUGAGGGGGCAUUCUGCAAGGAGACUUGGCUUUGGAGGCUGUGCUUGAAGCUUGUCCAAUGAGUCUGAGACGCCCAAGCACCAUUCAUUUUGGAGGUACAGCAGCAGCUCAUGAUGCCCCGUAAAGCUUUUCUUUCCCAGAAAGAAAAGCAGGCUCGUGCCAGGGAAAGGGAUAUGUUAAAAAAGAGGAGGAGGCGACAAGACUAUCUCAAAAGAAGCGUGGAGCCGCAGAAAAAUACAGAAACAAUAAAAUGGCACAGGGAUGAUGAGAAGAGGAGAGAAAAUGAGCAAGUUAAGGACAAAGAUAUCAAGAAGCGGUGGAGACAGGAUGAGAGAGAACGACGAAAGAAUGUGGACGCUAUGAAUUGGCACAGGGAAGAGGAGAAGAGGGAAAAUGAGCGAGAAACUAUGUUCCAACUUCCUGUCAACAACCUUGGCAGUUUAAGAAAGGCCCGGAAAACUGUGAAAAAAAUACUUAGUGACAUUGGUUUGGAAUACUGUAAAGAACAUAUAGAAGAUUUUAAGCAGUUUGAACCUAAUGACUUUUAUUUGAAAAACACUACCUGGGAGGAUGUGGGACUGUGGGACCCAUCGCUCACAAAAAACCAGGACUAUCGGACAAAGCCCUUCUGCUGCAGCGCGUGUCCCUUCUCCUCGAAGUUCUUUUCAGCCUACAAAAGCCACUUCCGGAACGUUCACAGCGAAGACUUUGAGAACAGGAUCCUGCUCAACUGCCCCUACUGUACCUUCAACGCGGACAAAAAGACUUUGGAAACGCACAUUAAAAUAUUCCAUGCUCCCAAUGCCAGUACACCGAGUGGAGGCAUCAGCACUUUCAAAGACAAAAACAAACACGAGAGCCUUAAACCCAAGCAGGCUGACAGUGUGGAACAAGCUGUUUAUUACUGUAAGAAGUGCACUUACCGUGACCCGCUCUACGAAAUCGUUCGAAAGCACAUUUACAGGGAACAUUUUCAGCACGUUGCUGCUCCUUACGUAGCCAAGGGAGGCGAAAAGUCCCUCAAUGGUGCGGUUCCGUUGAGCUCCAGUGCCCGAGAGGAGGGGGGGAUCCACUGCAAACGAUGCCUUUUCAUGCCGAAAUCCUACGAAGCUUUAGUCCAGCACGUGAUCGAAGACCACGAGCGGAUCGGAUACCAGGUCACGGCAAUGAUAGGUCACACCAACGUAGUGGUUCCCAGAUCCAAACCUUUGAUGCUAAUAGCUCCCAAACCCCAGGAUAAAAAGCCUAUGGGACUCCCUCAGAGGAUGGGUGCCCUCUCUGCUGGCAGUGUCCGCUCGCUCUCGUCACAGCAGAUGAUGAACAGACUCACUAUACCAAAGCCCACGUUAAAUUCUGCAGGAGUCAAUAUGAUGUCAAAUGUUCACCUGCAGCAGAACAAUUAUGGGGUUAAAUCGGUACCCCCCAGUUACGUUGGUCAGCCGGGGGGGAGGCUCAGCCUCAGUGGCAAUGCACCCGUUUCUCUUUCCCAACAAUCACAAAGCAUGAAGCAGUUCUCAGCGAGUGGCAAUGGAAGGCCUUACACUCUGGGCGGGGAGCAGAGGUCCCAGGCCUCAGCCAGGUACUCGCUGCAGUCUGCCAACUCCUCCUCGCUGUCGUCGGCGCAGCUCAAGCAGACGUCGCUGUCGCAGUCCCAGGCAGCAUCCAGAGCUCUGGGUCAGUCUGGCUCCAAAUCCCCCGUGGCUGCUACAGGUCCUUCCACUGUCAACACCUCAUCCACGCAGAAGUGGAAAAUCUGCACAAUCUGCAACGAGCUGUUCCCCGAAAACGUGUACAGCGUCCACUUUGAGAAGGAGCACAAGGCCGAGAAGGUGCCUGCGGUGGCCAACUACAUCAUGAAAAUCCACAACUUCACGAGCAAAUGUCUCUACUGCAACCGCUACCUGCCCACGGACACGCUGCUCAACCACAUGCUGAUCCACGGGCUGUCCUGCCCCUACUGCCGCUCCACCUUCAACGACGUGGAGAAGAUGGCCGCCCACAUGCGCAUGGUGCACGUGGACGAGGAGAUGGGACCUAAGACUGACUCCACCCUGACCUUUGAUUUGACAUUGCAGCAGGGCAGCCACACGAACAUACACCUCCUUGUCACCACCUACAACCUGCGGGAUGCUCCUGCCGAAUCCGUAGCUUACCACGCUCAGAACACCCCCCCUGUCCCGCCAAAACCGCAGCCCAAAAUCCAGGAGAAAUCUGACGUACCCGUCAAAAGUUCUCCACAAGCGGCAGUGCCCUACAAAAAAGAUGUGGGGAAAACUCUGUGUCCCCUGUGCUUUUCAAUCCUAAAAGGCCCCAUCUCCGACGCGCUGGCACAUCACCUGCGGGAGAGGCACCAGGUGAUUCAGACGGUUCACCCCGUGGAGAAGAAGCUGACCUACAAGUGCAUCCACUGCCUGGGCGUGUACACGAGCAACAUGACGGCCUCCACCAUCACGCUGCACCUGGUGCACUGCAGGGGCGUGGGCAAGACCCAGAACGGGCAGGACAAAGGGACCUCGUCCCGGCUGGGCCAGUCCCCGGCGGCCGCGCCGGUGAAACGCGCCUACGAGCACAUGGAGUUCCCCCUGAUGAAGAAGAGGAAGAUGGACGACGAUGACUCCCCCUCCGCCUUUGAGGAGAAGCCUGAAGAACCUGUAGUUCUAGCACUGGACCCCAAGGGUCACGAAGACGAUUCGUACGAAGCCAGGAAAACAUUUCUUACAAAAUAUUUCAAUAAGCAGCCCUACCCCACUCGGAGAGAGAUCGAAAAGCUGGCGGCCAGCUUGUGGCUCUGGAAAUCUGACAUCGCAUCUCACUUCAGCAACAAAAGGAAGAAAUGUGUUAGGGAUUGUGAAAAAUACAAACCCGGGGUGCUGCUGGGCUUCAACAUGAAAGAGCUGAACAAAGUCAAACAUGAGAUGGAUUUUGAUGCUGAAUGGCUGUUUGAAAACCACGACGAGAAGAAUUCCAGAGUCAAUGUCAGUAAGACUGUUGAUAAAAAAAUCAACUUGGAAAAAGACAAUGACAGUUCUUCAGACAGCUACGAAAACCUAGAGGAGGAAUACAGCGAGAGCCGCAGUCCCUUUGGCCAGCACGUCUCCGACAUGGGUGGGAAAGCCUUGUCUGACAGCACAGUGCAGAACCCCCAGGACAGCUUAGCCAAGGAAAUCGUGGAGGAAAACACGUUACAGCCUCCAGAGAAGGCUGAGCAAAAACAAGAGGAAAGCUCUAAAUACGAAGAGAUGAUUGCUGCUGAAGAGCCAACAAAACUGGUAGGUGACGUUUCAGAUAGCGAAGGGGAUCAGGAUGACCAGGAUGAUGCAGUGGAAUGGAAGGAUGGAGCUUCCCAGUCUGAAAGCGGGCCUGGCUCCCAGCAGGUUUCGGAUUUUGAAGAUAACGCCUUGGAGGUAAAACCAGAAGUGUGGACAGAUGAAUCUUCCCAAAGCGAAGAUGCCGGCAGCAGUAAACCCACUGUGGAGGCCAAGGGGGGUGCCUCUGAAAGCGACGAAGAACAGUCAAAGUGGAAGAAUCGUUCCUAUGGAAAAGUAGAAGGGUUUUGGUCCAAGGACCAGUCGCAAUGGAAAAACUCCUCGGAGCUGGAGGAGAGCCUGGCCAGCGAGCAGAUGGAGUGGCAGAGCAGCACAAUGGACAGCGAGGACGGCGAGGGCUUCGGGGCCGUGGGGGCCGAGCCCAUGCACGGCAGCCUGCCCGGGGUGGAGCUCAGCAGCCAGCAGGCGUGAGCAGCUCUGCCCUGCCUGGCACUGCCCGGGCACGGCUCUGCUGCCAGCUGCUGCUGCCCUGGGCACAGCUGCCCUGCCAGCUGCUGCUGCCCUGGGCAUGGCUCCCCUGCC